AUGGCUGCCCGUCCUCAGAACAUUGGUAUCAAGGCCAUUGAGGUCUACUUCCCUCGUCAGUGUGUCGAUCAGAGCGAGCUUGAGAAGUUCGAUGGCGUGAGCGAAGGCAAAUACACCAUUGGUCUUGGUCAGACCAAGAUGAGCUUCUGUGAUGACCGUGAAGACAUCUACUCCAUUGCCCUGACCACCUUCUCCUCCCUUCUCCGCAAGUACAACAUCGACCCCAACUCCAUUGGCCGUCUGGAGGUCGGUACCGAGACCUUGCUGGACAAGUCCAAGUCCGUCAAGUCCGUCCUGAUGCAGCUUUUGGCUCCUCACGGAAACACCAACGUUGAGGGUGUUGACAACGUCAAUGCUUGCUACGGUGGCACCAACGCUGUUUUCAACAGCAUCAACUGGCUCGAGUCCUCUGCUUGGGAUGGCAGAGAUGCCGUCGUCGUCUGCGGUGAUAUUGCCCUGUACGCUGAGGGUGCUGCUCGCCCUACCGGUGGUGCUGGCUGUGUCGCCAUGCUGAUCGGUCCCGACGCCCCUAUUGUGUUCGAGCCUGGUCUCCGUGCCUCCUACGUCACCCACGCCUACGACUUCUUCAAGCCCGACCUGACCAGCGAGUACCCCGUCGUGGACGGUCACUUCUCCCUCAGAUGCUACACCGAGGCUGUCGACGCCUGCUACAAGGCCUACAAUGCUCGUGAGAAGACCCUGAAGGAGAAGGUCCAGAACGGUACCAACGGCACCGCCCAGGACGACUCCAAGACUGCUUUGGACCGUUUCGACUACCUCUGCUACCACGCCCCCACCUGCAAGCUGGUGCAGAAGUCCUUCGCUCGUAUGCUGUACAACGACUACCUCACCAACCCCACUCACCCUGCUUUCGCCGAAGUGGCCCCUGAGCUCCGUGAUCUGGACUACGCCACUUCUCUCACUGACAAGAACGUGGAGAAGACCUUUAUGGGUCUGACCAAGAAGCGCUUCGCUGAGCGUGUCAAGCCCGCUCUUGAGGUUGCCACUCUUUGCGGUAACAUGUACACUGCCACUGUUUGGGCUGGUCUGGCUAGCUUGAUCUCCCACGUUCCCUUCGAUGCUAGCGAGUCCAAGCGCAUCGGUCUCUUCUCCUACGGCAGUGGUCUUGCCAGCUCCCUGCUUAGCGUGAAGAUUGUCGGCGACGUGUCCAACCUGGUGGAGAAGCUUGAUCUCAAGAACCGUCUGAGCAACCGCAACGUUCUCCCUCCCCAGUCCUACGUUGAUAUGUGUGCCCUCCGUGAGCACGCUCACCUCAAGAAGAACUUCAAGCCUUCCGGCAGCACCGAGACUCUCUACCCUGGUACCUACUACCUGACUGAGGUGGACGAUAUGUUCCGCCGCAAGUACGACGUUAAGGCAUGA